AUGUCUACGAUCAAACUCGACAUACCGCCGUCUGAAGCGCGUAAAGGUUCGAUCGUCGCAUCUGAGCAAGAACCCAAGGAAUCCAGCAAGGACGAGCAUUACAGCAAGAGUGCUCGUGUUGUUGGUGAGGACGGCAUCUGCAACAUUCGAUCUCGUACACAAGUGCGGAGCAGAGAUGUCGAGGACGAGGGGAACGUCUGCUUCGAGGAAGAUUUCAAGAAACGUGUUCUCGGGCAAGCUGCUGAUGUGGCUGGCGUAUCAGUCCAUCGGAGUGAUGUGAGUACCCCAGCAGACUUGCAUCGGGGAAUGAGCGAUGACAUGAGCAUUGGCGCGAGCAAGCACACAAAGUCCUCCCGAGACAUGACUGCCAACUCCCCUGCAAUCUUUCAUCUCAUGAUCACUUCCGGAGACAAAGCUAACCAAGAUGGCAGAUAUGGGGAUAUCGGCACUAGUCCGCUUUAUGUCUACUCUUCAACAUUUGCUGGGGCCGCUCCUUCGAGACAAGAUCUCAUUGGGGUCUUGUCGCUUAUCCUCUGGAGCUUAUUCAUGAUGGUCACCGUCAAAUACGCCUUCAUCAUCCUUCGUGCGGACAAUGACGGUGAGGGAGGCACUUUCAGCACCUAUUCAUUGCUAUCCAGAUAUAUCAAUAUCACGGAUCGUGCUCCCCAUGAAUCAUUUCUUGUGCAGAUGAAGAGACACCGCUCAGGCGACUUGAAGCCCAGCGGUCGACAAAUUCGGAGAACAAUCGAGCAGAGCCCAUUCGUGAAGACCGCCUUGAAGGUUAUGGGCGUACUCGCAGUCACUAUGGUCAUCGCGGACGGUCUGCUUACUCCUGCUCAAUCAGUGCUUGGAGCUGUACAGGGGAUUCAAGUCGUCGAUCCUGACAUCUCCAAGAGCACAAUCAUUGGCGUCACUGAUGCUAUCUUGAUUGCACUCUUUCUGGUCCAACCACUUGGCAUCACCAAGAUCACAGUCUUUUUCUCGCCCAUUGUUAUCAUCUGGCUUGGAUUCAACGCUGUCUUUGGCAUUUAUAACCUCGUCCACUACGAUGCUGGGGUCUUCAAAGCAUUCAAUCCCGCCGAAGGGUUCAUGUUCCUCGUGCGAAAUGGCGAGUCUGGUUGGCGACAAUUAGGCGGUGUUCUCUUGUGCUUUACUGGACUCGAAGCUCUCUUCGCUGAUCUGGGCGCCUUUUCCAGGAAAGCAGUCCAAAUCAGUUGGCUGUUCUAUACCUUCCCUUGCUUGAUGCUCGCUUACGUCGGUCAAGCGGCAUAUAUUAGUGUUCAUCCGGAAGCAGCAGCCAAUCCAUUCUUUGAGGCGGCACCUCCUGGCACGAUUUACCCUGCGUUGGUUAUCGCUAUACUCGCUGCCAUUGUUGCAUCGCAAGCAAUCAUCACGGCGACCUUUCAGCUACUCAAUCAAGUCAUGAAGUUGUCAUAUAUGCCGCAGAUAAAGGUGAUUCAUACGUCAACAGUCUUCCAUGGCCAAAUUUAUGUGCCUACUGCCAACUGGUUAUUGAUGAUAGGCACGGUCUUGGUGGCGUCGAUCUACAAUAACACCACAUCGCUGGGCAAUGCGUAUGGCGUCUGCGUUAUGUUUGUCACGAUGUUUGACACAAUCAUGGUUGGGCUAGUCGCUAUCGUGGCGUGGCAACUGCGGCCAGUCUACAUUGCCUUCCCAUUUCUUGUCAUCAUAUGCUUGGAUGGCACCUACCUCUCCUCGGUCCUUACCAAAGUCCCUGAUGGCGCUUGGUUCACGCUGGCUUUGGCAGCCCUUCUCGCCUUGUGUCUGCUCCUGUGGCGGUUUGGCAAGGAACAACAAUGGGCUGUGGAAGCCGAAGACAGGGUGCCAACAUCGCACUUUUUCAAAUCCCUGGACAACGGCGACCUCCAAUUCACCGAGCAGUACGGCUCGAGCUCGAUAACCACAACGCCAGGCGUGGCCUUGUUCUUCGACAAAGUUGGCAGCAAGACUCCAAUCGUGUUCAGCCAAUUUGUUCUCAAGUUGGCGGCGGUACCACGGAUCAAGAUCAUGCUGCAUCUGCGACCAGUCCAGGAGCCAUCCGUGACAGACAAGCGGUUCCAUGUCACCAGACUCGCAAUUGAGAACUGCUACAGAGUCGUGGUCCGGUAUGGCUACAACGAUGAAAUAAUCACUUCUAACCUCGCUGCUGUUGUAUGCGAUCAGGUCGCUAACUACCUCGCAUACAACGAGAAACACACGGCCGCGACGGCUGCAUUGAGCAAGUCGGGUGUCCGAAGCGGCGAUGACGUCUCUGAAGUUGACGACGAGUUGGUGAGAUUGCGGAAAGAUUUCGACCGAAAUGUUUUGUACAUUAUGGGCAAAGAGCAGAUGAAGCUGAAGGCCAAGUCGGGCUAUUUUCGGAGCGUCGUUCUGUGGAUAUUCCUUUGGGUGAGAGAGAAUACCCGGACGAAGAUGGCGAACUUGAAGCUUCCAAUCGAGAAAAUGGUCGAGGUUGGGUUCUUGAAGGAGAUAUAG